AUGGGUCGGAAGAGUAGGAAGUCUUGUACCAUAAAGCCCUUUUGUUUUUUCUGUCUUCGUGAAUUUGAUAAUGAAAAAGUACUCAUCCAACAUCAAAAAGCUAAACAUUUUAAAUGUCCCGAAUGUAAUCGUAAACUAGAAACUGCCAAUGGACUAUUAGUACAUCUACAACAGGUCCACAAAUCUACAUUGAAUAGAGUCCCAAAUUCAUUAGAGGGGCGUGAUAACAUAACUUCAACAAUUCAGGGCAUGAAUGGCGUUCCAGUUGACAUCAUAGAAGAACACCGAAUGCAAUAUUACAAUAGACUCAACAACAUUAAUAAACAAAAACAGCAACGGAUUAACUGGACCCAAAUUCAACUACCCAAUUGUUUCACUCCCACUACUACUACCCCUAACUUACUUUAUAAUAACAACACUGUUGCUCCAAUUGCUGCUGUUACUACUACUAAUACCACCACUACUGCUGCAGUUGAAAGUAAUAAAGUUGAGAAUGAUAAUGUAGUAACUGGUAAUAAAUUACUAAUAUUGGAUGCUUACGGUUUACCAAUAAAGCAGGAAAAACCUGAUAAAGACACUAUUAAUACUAAAUUACACAUUAAACCCUUUUUAAGCAUUAAUCACACCACCAAUGCCAAUGUGGUUAGUACAGUCAAUAGUCUAAAUAAUGGUAAUGUGGUGAAUGACAGUGUGACAAGUGUGAGUAAUAAAUUUGAAAGUGGCUGGGAUGUUAAAAGUGCCAAAAGUGGAGAGAAUAUGAAGGAGGAGAAGGUGAUAUAUUACAAAGUUACAGGGACGAAACCUUUACCAAUACCGCUACCAUCAAUUCCAAACACCAAACUUUCAUACUCUACUGAUGACGUUUCAAUAGAAGAAUUACGUGCAAAAUAUAAGUAUAACUGGGUUGAAUCUUAA